UUCAUUCAAAAGGCGCGCAGGCUGCGCUGCCGCCUGUGCGCUAGCUGAGCUGGCCCCGGGGGCAGCGUCGGACGCGGGGCCAAGCUGGAAGUGCCGCGUCCAGGCCGGUGACCACUGUGGGGCCUGAUGAUGAAGCUGAGCCCACUAUGCUGCCCUCUGUCCUGCCUCUGUGCGCUGCUGUCCGGAGCUCUGACCAUUCCAACAUCAACAACCCCUGGGCAGUGCCCACCUGGGGAGGAGCCUGACCCGGAGCCGGGCCAGGGCGCACCAUGCAGGUCCUGCCCUCCGGGCACCUUCUCAGCCUCCUGGGGCUCCAGCCCAUGCCAGCCCCAUAACCGCUGCAGCCUUCAAAGGAGGCUGGAGGCCCAGGCCGGCACCUCGACUCAGGAUGCGCUGUGUGGAGGCUGCCAGCCAGGGUGGUUUGAGCCUGGGGGCGACGCCCCUCUCCCAUGUCAGCCAUGCUCCUGGGCACCUCUGAGUACUCACGGCUGCGAGGAGUCGGGGCGGCGGGCCCGGCGUGGUGUGGAGGUGGCAGCAGGAGCUGGCAGUGGCAGUGGCAGUGAGAAGAGGCAGCCUGGAAACGGCACACGCGCAGGUGGCCCCGAAGAGACGGCUACCCAGUACGCGGUGAUCGCCAUCGUGCCCAUCUUCUGCCUCAUGGGGCUGCUGGGCAUCCUGGUGUGCAACCUGCUCAAGCGGAAGGGCUACCACUGCACAGCCCGCAAGGAGGGCGGGCCCGCGCCCGGCAGUGGAAGCAGCGGGAUCAACCCUGCCUACCGGACAGAUGACACCAACGAGGACACUAUUGGCAUCCUGGUGCGCCUGAUCACAGAGAAGAAGGAGAAUGCGGCAGCCCUGGAGGAGCUGCUGAAGGAGUACCACAGCAAACAGCUGGUGCAGACGAGCCACAGGCCUGUGCCCAGGCUGCCGCCGGCCUCCCCCAGCGUGCCGCACAUCUGCCCUCAUCGCCACCACCUCCACACCGUGCAGGGCCUGGCCUCACUCUCUGGCCCCUGUUGCUCCCGAUGUAGCCAGAAGAAGUGGCCUGAGGUGCUGCUGUCCCCUGAGGCUGCGGCUGCCUCCACUCCAGCUCCCAGCCUCCUGCCCAACCUGGCCAGGGCUCCCAAGGCCGGGGCCAAGGCAGGACGCCAGGGCGAGAUCACCAUCUUGUCUGUGGGCAGGUUCCGUGUGGCUCGAAUUCCUGAGCAGAGGACGAGUUUAGUAGCAUCAGAAGUGAAGACCAUCACAGAGGCUGGGCCUUCCGUGGGUGAUCUCCCUGACUCCCCGCAACCGGGACUCCUGCCCGAGCAGCGGGCCCUACUGGGAAGUGGUGAAAACCAUACUAAGUGGCCAAAGCCCCCAGCAGAGAACAAGGUUGAGGAGAGCCGCUACGUGGUCCGGCUCAGUGAGAGCAACCUGGUCAUCUGAGGGGCUGUCUAAUCUGAGGAGGACACUCAGCCUUGCCUGGGAAGGUCCCCAAGACUUCCUGGAGGAGGCAGAGCUGCAGCUGGGACUGUGAGGACCAAGAAGCAAUGACCCAGCGGACACAACAGCAAAGGUCGCAGCCUGGAGGUGGGACCGUCCGGCCCAGUGAGGAGGCAGUCAGCGGGCACCGUGUGCAGCAGAUCGAGAGCCUUGCCCCGUCCCUGUUGCCCCAAUCACUCGCCUGCAGGCUGCCCUAACCCUGUGCCUGCCCUGGCCACAUCCUAGGAGCCCACUGGCUUCUCUGUACCCAGGGGUCUAGGCUGGGUGGAGGGGUGGCGCCUGUACUGGUGCCCGAGCCCCACCCCUGGGUGACUGCCCUAGAGCAGAUGUGCCUCCCCUCCUCUUCCGGCAGGUCCUGUGAAGGGAAGGGACAACGACAAACCCUGGGCUAGGAGGCCGAGUUCCCAGGUUCUGAUCCUGGGCCCGUCCCUGGCCACCACUGGGCCCAGUUUUCCUGACUGUGAAGUGGGGAGAGAAUGUCUCAGGACCCAGGGCCUCUCCAGCUCCUUGCAGGUUCUGGGUGGGGUCCUGCUGGGGGAGAGCUUGACUCUGCCACCCCUCCCAUUAGUAGCUUUAUCUGGCCCAUUCUUGCUGCUUUCUGCCUUCAAGGCCCCCAGGGGGCUGUCCAACCAUAGCUCCACCUACGGACGGGGCGGAAUGCAUGUGCCUGCCUUCCACCUGCUGUUUCUAACGAAACUGGAAAACUGACUUGACUUGGGCAGGGCCGUGGCACAGACUUGCCUGCCCUGCUCCCCUCGGUCUCUGAAGCUUCCUGGAGAGGAGCGCUGGCAGGGCCGGCGAGCGCCGCCAGCUUCAGUGGUGUCCAUCUCCCUGUGGUGCGGUGUCUGCCCUGGGGCCCUGGGCAGCGCAGGGGACGGCAGCCCACCCCACAUCUCCACUCUGCCUCAGCUACCUGGUUAUUUAUGUGGGACCGUGCAGGCGCGGAUCCACUCCCCGCCCCAUUUCUCUUAUUUAUUAAAACUUACUAUUGUCCUGCCCUUGCAUCGGUGUCCCCUCCACUUGAAUAAUAAAAGACAGGAAAAUGGUG